UUUUUUCACCCUCACCUCUUUCCUCUUCUUUCCACUCAAAUCCGAUUUCCCAAUUUCAUUUCAAACUUCGCUUUGCUUGCAUAAUUGCUUCCGUCGAUUGUAAGAUAUCUCCCACUUCACCUUGGAUAGGCCUUUGCCAAGAAAGCCAUCUCAUCUCCUGGGCUUAAGUACCGAGAUGAUUUUGGAUAGAUCUCUUACUCUGUCCCACCAGCAUCCUUCAGAAUAGUCUGGAAGAUGUCAACUUUUACCGCCUGGCAGGCUGAUCUGUUCCUUUUGGAGCAUUGGCAGAAAGAUUUGCCGGAAUCCGUUGAAGCCCAACGCGAGGAAAUAUUCGCUAAAUAUGUGGCACUUGGAGUCUGCGGCCGCGAGCCGUAUCGAAACCAGCAGCGAAAACUAGAGAAGAGGUCUGUUCGAGACCUUCCAGUACCUAGUCAAGAGCUAUUAAAUCGUAUCCGCCUACCUGCUGAGCGUUACUUGAACGAGGAUCCCUGCUGGCUCCGCACCUGCUACGACCCUUCUACAGAAGGCUCGUGGGCCCGAAUUCAAGAUUACAUCGAUACCAAGGUCGGCGGCUCAGUUACAGUUUUCAACGACUCAUUUUUGUAUAACUUUGGUUCCAGCUGGGAGAAGAUUUUUCUUCGUGUCCCACAGCUACUGGAUAAUACUUGUUUGUUUGAAGAAUAUGAAGAGAAUGUCCAGGAGGCCCUAGAAGAGGGACUUGAAUCCGACGAGACGGAUCCCCAUCGUGCCGAGGAAAGCGGCUAUGACCCAGAGGAGGAUGGCAACCCUUGGAUUUGCUUUUUUUCGGAGUACCUCUUCCGUUUAGCGGCGGGACACAUCCACAUCGUUGAUGAAAAAACGUUGGCCUCAGAAGGCGCUGACGCAGGGACUGUCCUCAUCAUCUGGUACGACGAGUGUGGACGAGCAAUCCGUUACUAUCGCGAGGAAGCGAUGCACGCAGCCGAAAUUGCGAAUCUCGACCCUUGUUAUCUCAAGGAACGUGCGUGCUGGAAUAAUGCGGAGAUUGGCGAAUCCUAUAAGUGGGGUGCACCCUUAGGGCCUCCCUAUAGCUUGGAUGAAAGCCGCGGUGAAACCUCUGAGUAGGAGAUUUUGUCUCGUGGGGCUCACCUGAAAUACAACGAUUUUUAGCUUCAAUUUGCACAAUCAAAG